AUGGAUAAAUCUUGGAUGCAUCUUGAAGAUAGAUUGCGGUCCCAUGAAUAUGCUGAAGGAGUUAAUCAUUUCUUAUCAAUGGCUCAAUCCAUUGCUCCUUCCAGUGACUCCAUUAGGUGUCCUUGUCGGGACUGUCGUAAUAACUUCUUCCAGCCAUUUACUGUUGUGAGGGAUCAUCUAUUUUUUAGAGGGAUUGAUAGAAGUUAUACUCAAUGGAUAUUUCAUGGAGAAGAUGAUCCUUUUCAUGCCAACCGGUCAGACGAUCCGGAUGAUGGAGAUGAUACUGGAGAGUACAUUGAUGACGUCGAUGAGAUGUUAGAUGACAUUCGGGUGGGAUCCUUCGUGGAUGAUAUUACCGGUUUAAAUGCAAGUGGCAGUGAUGAUGAUAAUGCACAGCCCAACGUUGGGACUUCUAGACACCAUACGUUUGAACAGUACGUCGAGGAUGCACGACGUCCACUAUAUCCUUCGUGUACAACCUACUCAAAGCUAUCAUUUAUAGUGAAGUUGCUUCACAUCAAGACAAUUGGGGGUUGGAACGUGAAGUCAUUUAACAUGGUGCUAAAGCUAUUGAAGUCUGCAUUCCCAACUGCUCUCUUGCAUAAAGACUAUAAUGAUGCACGUCAGCUAGAGCGUGGGUUGGGAUUUAGUUACACCAAAAUCCAUGUAUGCCCAAAUGACUGUAUGUUGUUUUGGAAAGAUGAUGAAGACAAAGAUGAAUGCCGUAAAUGCAACGCAUCUAGGUGGAUCUCAAUGACGAGUAAACACCGGGUACCUCAGAAAGUGAUGCGUUAUUUUCCAUUGAAGCCUAGGUUGCAACGCCUUUAUCUAUCAAAGAAGACAGCAGAAGCCAUGCGAUGGCAUAAAGAGGGCCGUAUCGAUGAUUCGAACUGUAUGAGGCAUCCAGCUGAUUCCAAAGUUUGGAAAUAUUUUGACAGGAAAUAUGAUUGGUUUGCCAAAGAUUCUCGUAAUGUCCGUCUUGGACUGGCGAGUGAUGGGUUCAACUCGUUCAAUAACAUGAGCAAGCCCUAUAGUAUAUGGCCAGUAAUACUUCUACCUUAUAACUUGCCACCUUGGUCUUGCAUGAAAGACCCAUACUUUAUGUUGACCUGCUUGAUACCUGGUCCUAAAUCACCAGGAAAUGAUAUUGAUGUCUUCCUGCGUCCUUUAGUUGAUGAGUUGAAAGAAUUAUGGGAGGUUGGUAUUGAGACAUAUGAUGCAUUCAGUUCUGAUAUUUUCCGAUUACAUGCAUCUUUACUUUGGACUAUAAAUGACUUUCCUGCAUAUGCCAAUCUUUCUGGGUGGAGCACGAAGGGGAAGUUGGCUUGUCCUGUGUGCAAUGUUGAUACCGAUUCUAUGUGGUUGGCGUAUGGGCGUAAACAUUGUUAUAUGGGCCACUGUCGAUGGUUGGCCUUGGACCACCCUUGGAGAAAGAAAAAACGUGUUUCAAUGGUGCCAACGAGUUCACGGAAGAGGAAACGGGCACCACAAGAAUUAAACUGGACAAAGAAAAGCAUCUUCUUCGAUCUCCCAUACUGGCAAGAAUUAGAGUUGAGGCAUAACCUAGAUGUAAUGCAUAUUGAGAAAAACAUAUGUGAUAGUGUGUUGGGCACCUUGCUGAGUAUUGACGGAAAGAGUAAGGACACUGCGAAUUCUCGCAGGGAUUUGGAACAUCUAGGACUGAGGAAAGAAUUACACUUACGUCCGGAUGGCGAUCGUUGCCGAAUGAGUCUUGCAUGUUACACCCUAAACCAAAAUGAAAGAAAAUCCUUCUGUGAGUGGGUGUCACAAGUUAAAUUCCCAGAUGGCUUCGCCUCUAACAUUGCCCGGUGUGUGAAUAUUCGUGAGGGAAAAAUUUCAGGAAUGAAAAGUCAUGACUGCCACAUUUUCCUCCAACGGUUGCUUCCGGUCGUGAUUGGUGGUUAUCUGCGGCCGGACAUUCGGCUAUCUUUGAUCGAGCUAUGUACAUUUUUCAAAGAAUUGUGUGCUUGA